CUCCCCCUCCUCCCCCUCCUCAUCCUCUUCCACCAUCACCUCCUCCUGCUCCUCCUUCUCCAGCGAGCACAUGCUCACGCUGCUUCCAUCUGAUACCAACUGGAUGCGGAGCAAAGCAGCCUCCCAGGUCUCCGCUGCCGUCUACCAUCCUCUCUCCGUCCCCUUCUCCUCUGACAUCCAGCGCGUCUUCCCGUUUUCUGUUUCCUCCGCUUGUUUCCCGGCCAGGAUGUGGCACUCCGUGGCUCUCCUCCUCUCUGGACUCUCCGCUUUGAUCAACGUGUCACUGCAGGGGCCUCACCAGAGGAACCUGCUGAAAAACCUCCUGAAGGACUACAACCGGAUGGAGCGGCCGGUGGGGAAUGACUCCCAUCCUCUGACGGUCUUCUUCACCCUCAGUUUAAUACAGAUCAUGGACGUGGAUGAGAAGAACCAGGUUCUCACCUCGAACAUGUGGCUUCAGAUGAGUUGGUACGACCACUACCUCCAGUGGAACCAGAGCGAACACCCCGGCGUGAAAAAUCUUCGCUUCACCACAGAUCAGAUCUGGACUCCGGACAUUCUGCUCUACAACAGUGCAGAUGAUGACUUCGACUCCACCUUUAAGACCAACGUCCUGGUGAACUCCAGCGGCUUUGCCAAGUACCUGCCUCCAGGAAUCUUUAUGAGUACUUGCAACGUGGACGUUCGCUGGUUCCCGUUCGACAUCCAGAAAUGCGAGCUAAAAUUUGGCUCCUGGACCUACGACGGCUGGCUGCUGGACCUGCAGAUGAUCGAUGCAGACAUCUCAGGGUACAUGCCCAACGGAGAGUGGGACUUAGUCGGUGUCCCCGGCACCAGAAACGAGGCCUUCUACGACUGCUGCAAGGAGCCUUACCCGGACGUGACCUUCGUGAUCACCAUCCGGAGGCGGACGCUCUACUACGCCCUGAACCUGCUCAUCCCGUGCGUGCUGCUCUCUUCCAUGACCCUGCUGAUCUUUGUGCUGCCGGCCGACUCCGGAGAGAAGAUCUCGCUGGGUAUCACCGUGCUGCUGUCUCUCACUGUUUUCAUGCUGCUGGUCGCUGAGAUAAUGCCCGCCACGUCCGACUCCGUCCCUCUCAUAGGUCAGUACUUUGCCAGCAUAAUGAUCAUCGUUGGGAUGUCAGUCAUCGCCACAGUGGUGGUUUUACAGUAUCAUCACCAUGAUCCAAAUGGAGGAAACAUGCCGAAAUGGGUGCGGCUCGUUUUGCUGCAGUGGGUCGCCUGGUUCCUGAGGAUGAAGCGUCCGGGGGAGAACGACGACCCGGAGCGACCCCCCUGUGCCCCGCACCUGCGGCGUUGCUCCUCGGGCUCUCAGAGCGGCAGCAUUCCCAACCCUCCCGAUCCGACCCUCCACCCGCUGCACCCGCAGAACCUGACGCCCCUGCAGACGGGGCCCCUCCACGCGGGGCACCCUCACCUGCAAACAAGCGCCAACAAUAACGGCAACCUGCUCUACAUGGGCUUCCAAAGCAUCGAGGACUCCUCUGUGCUCUCAGAGCCCGUCCAGAGGAAUAACAUCUCUGUUGGACCUCCACGGGUGGCGGGAAGCCCGCCUCCUCACCUGCCGUCUCAGUUCUGCAGCUCGCCUCCGCCUCCAACUCUCAACAUGGACACAGUAGGGUGUCCCAGCACUGUCUCUAGUGGCGGGGGGUUCGGAGGGGGACCAGGAGGGUGCUCCACAUCCGUGAUGGGAGACCCGCAGCUGCAGGCGAUCCUGGAGGAGGUGCGCUACAUGGCAGACCGCUUCCGAGAGCAGGACGAGACUGAGAGCAUGGCCGACCAGUGGAAAUUUGCAGGCGCCGUGAUCGACCGCCUGUGUCUGGUGGCGUUUAGCGUCUUCAACAUCAUCUGCACCAUCUCCAUCCUCAUGUCCGCUCCAAACUUUGUGGAAGCUAUUUCGAAGGACUUUGUUUGAGAGGGGAGGGCGGGGGAAACCGGGAGAAAAAAAUAAAUAAAUACGAAGGAACGUUCUAAAGAAAAUUAAGUAUGGGAUGUAGUAUGGAUUGGGCUCUGAUCCAAGGAAACACGGUUUCCAGCAAACUAUAAGCUGUGUGAUUUGUGAUUGCAAGGAUCCGGGGGAAUGGGGGGAAACUAAUGGUUUUCUUUGAAAUGCAUUCUGUUUUGUAACCAAAAAAAAAAAAAAAAAA